AGGGGCUGGAAGAAAAGCUGUUGCUGGGAGUUUGUCUAGAGAGGAGGUGCUGUCACGAGGGAAGUGUCUGUGAAUGUUGGCAGUGAGAACAGGCAGAGCAGAGCAGUUGUGAGUCCAGCGCUACGGCUGGUGGAGGACCUCCGCGAUCUCUGGGGAUAUCUACCAGGGGAUUGUCCUGACAUCUUCGGAGAUGAAUUAAAAUGCAGCACACCACGUGCACAGAGGACAGGAUCUACCACGCACUGGAAAGAUGUCUCCAUGGGCUUAGCAGAGAUGCUGUCUCCAGCAGAUGGGCUGCCGGGCUGUGCCUGAACUGCUGGAGCCUGCAGGAGCUGGUGAGCCGAGACGCUGGCAACUACCUCAUCCUCGUGGAGAAGAUCCUCAGCAAGACCAAAGAGGUGCAGGAGAAGUGCGACUAUGAUCUCGUCACACCGCUUGCUCUGCUCUUCUACUCUGCAGUCCUGUAUGCUCCCCACUUCCCACCGGACUCUGACUUGCUCCUGAAAGCUGCCAGCGUGUACCACAGCUUUCUGACCUGGCCUAUACCCUACUGUGACAUUUUCCAUGAGCUGCUCACCUUCAUCAGUGACGAGCUCAAGGCUCCCGGGAUCUCCUUCCAGAGGCUGGUGAGGACAGAGCAGGGGCUUCCUGUGAAGAACUACCAGAGCUCCACUGUGACUGUGCUGCUUCUCAACCGCUCUGAGGUGCAGAGCGAGUUCCUCUCCAUCGCUGAGAAGCUGAGCACCAGCGAGCACCCACAGCGUACCACACUCAUCCUGCUCCUUGAGCACCUCUACCAGGCCAACUUCGGCACCUGCUGUGACCUGGACAGCCUGCACCACCUCCUGAAGUCCAAGACACUGGAAGAGCUCUCAGAGAUCUACGCCAGCGCCGCUGAUGCACAGGAGAUUGCAGCUGCCAGCAGUGACCCUGUCCUGGCCCGCGAGCGACUGCAGUCCAUGCUGCGGGACAUCGCCGGGGCUGCAUCCUUUCCUGCCAUUGCAGGUGAGGCUCAGCCCCGCAAGCUCCACACCAUCCCCAUCCCUGCCGCUCGCUGCUACACUUACACCUGGGAUCAGGAUAACUUUGAUAUUCUCAAUGAUGUCCUCAGCAAAGAAUGCAGUGUUGUUGAGCCCAUGGCCUCGGAGAAUGAGGAGGAAGAUGAAGAGGAGGAAGAGGAGGAGGUGGAAACUGAUGGCUGUUCCCCUGAGCGGGACUCACUGCUUUCCCCAAUCUGUGCUAUUUCCAAAGACUCUGUGUACUCAGCGCUGUCGGAGGAGGGAUCUAAGCCUUCACGAGUGUCCCUCUUCACUACCUCCAAGGACUCCAUCUCAGAGCUGACAGUGGUCUCCAGAAAGUCCUUGAAGUCGUUUGUCUCCAGCCUGAGGGACUGCAUGGACAGUGGCUACGCAGAGGACAGUGAUGAGAGCUCCCUGGACGUGGUGGGGAGGCCAGAGCUGAAGGUAGAGAAGACCCACCACAAAUACAGACACAUGCUGACCAACAAGAUCUACAAACUGUUUAAGAGCAAAAGCCAACUGGUGUUGAGGAGGGACUUGAAGGACUGCUCGGAUGCAGGCUCACUCUCUCUGCCCCUGCGCCGGGCUGAGAGCCUGUGCACCCCCCAGGCCAAGCACCGCAUCCUGGCGCGCUCCCGGCGUGCUCACUCGCUCCCACAGCAUGUCCUGAGCCAGCGGCUGCCAGCCCCGCUUGCCCCGCAGCACCUCAGCCUCCACCGACGGCCCUACCUCAGCUACGAUGAGGACACCAAGGUGUCCACGCUGCGUGUUGUGGUCUUUGGCUCUGACCGCAUCUCAGGGAAAGUGGCCCGAGCCUACAGCAACCUCAGGCUCAAGGAGAGCACUUGCCCCUCACUGACAAGGUACUUCAAGCUGCAGUUUUUCUACAUCCCCGUGAAGAGAAACUGCUUGGCUCCAUCGAUCCCGCUGAUGCAUCCCUCUCCAUCCCUGGGGGACCCACAGCUCCGGGUUUCGGCACAGGCGUUUCAGGAUCCCACCUUGGCUGGGAUGGAGAGCAGCACCAACGACAUCUCCCACUACAUCGGCAUGUUGGACCCAUGGUACGAGCGCAACGUUCUUGGGCUGAUGAACCUGCCCAUGGAUGUCCUGUGUCAGUCUGCCAAGCCGGAGGCUGAGCCCCGGGAGGACUCGCAGGAGCAGCUGCCCAUCCUGGCUGACAUGAUCCUCUACUACUGCCGCUUUGCCACACGCCCUGUCCUGCUGCAGCUCUACCAGACCGAGCUCACCUUUGUUGGGGGAGAAAAGAUGACUGAAGUCUUCAUCCACUCCCUUGAGCUGGGCCACUCGGCAGCCACGCGGGCCAUCAAAGCAUCAGGUCCCGGCAGCAAAAGGCUGGGCAUAGAUGGAGACAGAGAAGCAAUCCCACUAACACUACAGAUUGCCUACAGCAAGACAGCCAUCAGUGGAAGAAGUCUCUGGAACGAUGUUGAGAAGGUUUGCACAUCUGUCAACCUUAGCAAAGCCUGCAAGAAGCGUGAAGAACUAGCCUCCAAGACAGAGUGUCUCAACUUAACCAUGACGGAGGUGGUCAAAAGGCAAAACUCCAAAUCCAAAAAGAGUUUCAAUCAGCAGAUCAGUGUGUCCCAAAUCAAAGUAGACAAGGUCCAGAUCAUCGGUGUCCAGUGCUCCUUCGCCGUCUGCCUGGACCAGGAUGAGCAGAAGAUCCUGCAGAGUGUAACCAGGUGUGAGAUCUCUGUGUGCUACAAACCCAGGGACAGCAAUCUCUUUGCACUGAGAGGGUCCUCUCUGCCUUCCCAGGACCCCUCCGAGUUUCAUUCUCUCCUGUGUUUACCCAUUGCCACCUUCAGUGGAGCACUGCUGUAGAAGAAUCCUAUGUCUUCUCAGGUCAGACUCUCAUCCAACACCAACAGAGCCUCAGGGAAAGGAAGAUAAUGGUUCUCCUUUGCGAUGGAGACCCAUCCGUUGUUGUCCAAGACAUCCUGCAACCUAAACCAUUGGCAUGGUGGCUCAACUGCUCCCGGUCUGGGCUUAGCUCAUCCUUGGGCAAUGGAAACACUGGUGUUGUAUCUCUCAGGGUUCCUCAGCAAUGGGAGGAAAGUGGUUUCCUUGAGUUCUCCACCUGGUUCAGCAAAUUGCCAACACCUGGAUUGAGAGGGCGUGGCAAGGACAGUGGUAUUUUCCUGCCAGCAAAUGGUGCUCUGGCUGUAUUUCACAGGGACUGCAAGGCCAGUGUGAUCUGGGGGACCUCACAGGGGGCAUUUUAGACAGUGAAUGUCCUUGGCUGAGUGGUGGUAGGUGGCCGUCAAGGCAUACAGAGUUGUUGCCUGCUCAACUGAAGUGAUGAUGGCAUUUCACCUGUAACAGGUCGAGGAUACUCAGGGCGGUUCUUUCAAGAUGUGGACAGGCUUUCUCAAUGCUUCCUUUAAAUUAUGAAGGUUGGGUGUCUUGCAAAGAAAUAUCACAGAAUAAAGCAUCCCAACUGAGCCCCAGAAAGACCACAGCAUGGGUUGUAGACCUCUACUGGUGUCCCAGUUGGUUCAGUGCAAUAAGCCAUACCAGGGCAUGGACACCUUGUCAUGGAUACAUGCGUUUACUGGAAAUCCAGGACCUGCAGGAGGCGAACUUUCAGUUUCUGCAGUAUUUCAGAGCACACCUAUGAGAUGUACUCCCUGUUCAACCUGUGUUCUUGCACCCUGCUCCCCAGCACUGUACGUUAGAGACAUCCCAGAGGCUGAAUCCUCAAUAACAGCUUGAAAGAUGACCGGAACCAUGCUCAGACUCCCAGGGAAGCACUAGGGAAACCACUAGGAUUGCCUUGAGCUCACCUGAAGAAACAGCUUUGCUAGAGGAGGACCCAGCACCAAAAACACUAGUGCCACUCACAAGUGACGGUAGGAUUUGAGAUCUCCUCUCCCCUGCAAAGAGGCUUUAUACCUCUUCCUUCUCUCUUCAAGGCUAUAGGUACAGAAAGGUGCAAUAGUUGGGGGUGAUUAGAGAUGUUCUGACCCUGGGAGCAAAAUUGAGACUGGAGAAGCCUUGCCUGGUUUCGUAGCCCUCAAGCUGUUUCUCAGUAGGUUUUGAUGAUUCCACUGAUGAUAACAGGCAGAAGAGCAGGCUGCCUGCUGCGUGCUAAAAGGAUUUUAGUUCCAAGGACAUGUGAUCCCUGGAAAAGCUCUGGAAGGGACUGCUGGGGGGCUGCAGGACUCAGCCGCAGUGUGAUCAGUUCAGUGUGGUUCCAUUGAUCCUCUGGGAAAUGGGAUCUAAUCAGCAAUUAACACUGGUUAGAACAAGGUUGGGCACCAUCCCCAAGGGCUGGUGGCACUGCAGCAGUGUCAUUUGGGGUUAAAUCUGUCAGGAAAAGGACCAGAGCCUCUUGGCAUGUCAGUUAUCUCCAGAGGAGCGUGGGUCAGGUUUGUCUGCUGGAAUCUUCUACACCCUUCCUGAAGUGUUUUGGGGAUCCUUCUUGUGCUAGCAACUCUCAUCCUGUCCCCCCUGUCUCUGUUGUGUGGGGACAGAUUGGUCUGGGCCCAGUGGUGAACAUCUCAGGUUAAGAAGGUACUAGCUGGCUCUUUGGUGUCCUCAGCAGCUCUGGAUGCACCUACUGCCAAUGGCCAGAGAUGAGCAAACUCAAGACAUGAACACGCUCCCGAGGCCCCUGUGCUUCAUCCUUUUACUUGAAUAAACCAUCCCAAGGAUGGUGUUCUCAUUUGGACUCAAAGAAAAGACCCCUGUGCAGGGCAAAGCAUCACUUGAACAUAUGUAGGCACUCUGGCUCCACCGUGGUGCAAAGCCGGCUUGGACUUCCAGUAAGGACCCACCUGCCCUGGCCAUGCACUGACUCCAGGAGCAUCCGUUGUUUCCUGUGUGUAUGGAGGAGUGUCGGUCCCUUGCUUGUAGCACAGACUCGACAGGGACACUGAGACACUGCCACGUCGUGGGCUGUCCCUUCUCUCACGGGGUGCCUGUGGGGUGAUGUGAGAACAUACGCUGAGGUCGCUGCUGUGCACUUCUGCACAUCAGUAUUUUAAGUCCAACAGGCUCCAGGGGUUGGAAACAGAUUUUAAUAGCUCUUUCCACACACUUGGUAAAAGUUUUCUCACUAACUUUUCAUUUCCCAAACAGGUUUGGGUGCAUCUUCUGAUAUGGGCCUGAAAUUAGGCAGCUGGGUUUUGUACCCUAUACUUAAAAAUAGCACCUUAUCCUGCAAAACAUUGCUAUUCAUGAUCUUGAUAUCCAUGGCUAAAUAUAAUCCUAUGACUGUUAAUGAUAUAAACCUCUUUGGCCCGACAGAAAUACUAGAGAAUAGAAUUUCCAUCUCAUAAACAAGCACAAACUCUAGGGACUCAUAAUCCUGACUAAGGGUUUGACCUCUGAUGUGUUCUGGAACUGAAAGAAGUUCAAGGUUCUUUCAGGUCAUCCUUCUACAUAUGUUCAGCCUCACCAAAUCUGUGUAAUAGCUGUGCUGAUCUGUAAAAUACCGUUCAAAGAACUUUUAAGGUAAUUAUAAAAUAUUAAAUGUUGAUUUAUUUCGAGUACGAGUUUGAGUCGAGUAAUUCCUGAGCAGGCGGAAGGCACAGGAGCAGGCUCUGUAUCUCCAUCAGGAGGGCAGGGAGAACCCAGGUCUUUUGUGGAGUAGCUGACCUGAGAGCAGAAAUCAUAGAAUCAUUAAGGUUGGAAAAGACCUCUAAGCUCAUCCAGUUCAACCAUCAGCCCAACCCCACCAUGCCCACUGUAACCCAUGUCCCAAAGUGCCACAUCUACAUGUUUUUUAACUCCUCCAAGGAUGGAGGCUCCACCACUGCCCUGGGAAGGCUCUUCCAAUGCUUCACCACUCUUCACCACUCCUUCAUCUUCAGGAAAAGGCUCAUAAAGUCAUUAUGUUCAUGAGCUUCAGCCCAGAAGGCCUGACGUGGAGACCUGCAGCGGUUAGUGGAGCCGCCUCUGUUCUGUGAACAAAAAAGCAGAUUUUGGUGCUGUAAAUCCAAAGCUGGAUUCAUGCUGAUUUAAUGAGACAAGAAGCCAGCAGCGCUUGUGUGUGCAAGGAGAGAUCUGUGUGUACUCUUCCCUUCCAGGAGGCUCCUUGACCUCUGCAGUGUUGCUUUGCAGAGAAGUACGAGUUAUGCCGAGAGC